AUGAAGUAUCAUGAGGAAACAGAGGUAUACGCUUCACAUCAGCUUCAGAACUCUUUCUUGUCCACUGUUGAUCACCUCCCAUGCGACAUAGUUCGAUCACUUUGGCUAGUUCAAUCAUGCAACAUCAAAAUUGACAAAUCCAAACAAGAGUUGCACAAUUUACUCCAGAAAUAUCAAACAACAGCAAGCAUACUGCAAGAUGAGAUAAACAGAAUGUACGAGCUAAAGCAUUCGAUACGGCAUUUGUACAAUGAAACUAUACAAGAAGGAAAAACACUCAAUAAUCAAAUGAUUAUUCACAAGCUACAUCUAGAAGAUGAAAUUAAUCAGUUGAAUACAAUCAAAGAUAAGCGUGUGCUGAAAGUGGAUGAUAAAGAAUCACACGAACAGCUUCGUAAACAGUUGAAGAAACAUUAUAAAGAACAUCCGUUGGUGUCACAGGUUGAAGCCGUUGUUGAACAACAAAAACAUUCGCAAAAGGAGCGGAAACGAGCGUCAACUAAAUCGGGGAUUAAGUUAGUUUUAAGAAUACCGAAACAGGAUAAGGUUUUGAAGCCAAAGGGCAAACACGUGGUGAAAAAGAACAGUACGGAGCGUAAAACAAAGACUGUUGAUCUAGCAAAGAAAGAUGAUCUACCUGCAAAGAAGGAGAGGAAACCUAUACGAAAAGAAAAAGAGAUUGUGCCACAGGUGAAACAAGUUCAAGAGGAGGAAGAUGAAGACAAUAAAAGAUAUUGCUUUUGUCAACAGCCGUCUCUUGGCGAUAUGAUUGCAUGUGAUAAUGAAGCUUCGUGUCCCAAUGGUGAAUGGUUUCAUUACAAAUGUGUGGGCUUGUUGAAUCGUGUUGAUGCUUUAAAGUAUACCACAGGUAAGAUACCAUGGUAUUGUUCAGAUACUUGUCGACAAAUGGGCGAGUCAGAGAAAACAAGACUUCAGGAAAUGAAGAAACGCAAGAGGAGGCGCAAAUGGUGA